GUGCGGCGGUGUUGCUGCCUCUCAUUGUUCCGGCGCGGAGCUUUGCAUUAGUCUUAGUAUUGGCGUUUAAUUUAAAAUAAAUAGUGCCUAUAUACCAAGAGGAGUAGAGGACACCUUAGUCGUCGAUUGUGCACGCUCUCUUCGCCUCGCUUUGCUGUCUGGUUAUCAACAAUUGUCCAGGAGCGGGAGCCUGGUGUCCUGUACACUGCUGCCCAGCGCUGAAGCCGGUGGUUCCCGCAGUGAUUCCACCCAGAUCCCGGGCCCGAGAAGAGGACGCGUAGCAGUGUUCGACAAGAUAUUCUGUGGGGCUGCAGCGGGGCGACCCUAUCUGCUCUGGUCAACUGGAACAUUUUCCCUCAUUUUCCUAAGUGAGAAGAUGCCCGCUCCGAGCCAGGCCCAUUGAUGGCUGCCUAUCUAGGGAAGUUGCAAGCGCCACUGGGUCAGAGCAAGAGAGCCAAAGCAGGUACAGGCAUUCGGUGUUGAGCCCCGUCCCCACUUUGUGGAACGAUUGCAGAGGAGUAAAUAUGAAGAGCCCAGAAAAGAAGAAAAGAAAGUCAAGUGCCCAGGGCGCUGCUUUCUCUCACUUAUCAGAAUUUGCUCCACCUCCCACACCAAUGGUGGACCACCUCGUAGCUUCUAACCCUUUUGAAGAUGACUUUGGACCACCCUCUCGAGGUGCUGGUCCUCCACCCGGACCACCUCCCACUGGGGGGCCUUUCUUACACAGUCCUGGGUCUGCAGGUCCAGGAGGAUAUGGAGGAGGUGGUGGUCUCAGGAUGCCUGGUCCAGGGGUGCCUUAUGGGGGAGCUGGUCAGUCUCUUCGUAGGCCUCCUUUCCCCUCCCCUGGACAUCACCAGAUGGGACCAGGAGGAUUUGGUUUGCCUGGUUUUGGACAGCAUGGUGGUGGAAACCUUGGUGGAGGAUUUCCUCCUGGUCCACAGUUCAACAUUCCUCAAAAUUUUAGCCCACCAGGACCAAUGCACCCUGGGGCAGGGUUUAAUCCCAUGCUUUCUCCUGGAGCACUGAGUGGAGGUGGAGGUGGUGGUGGUCCACCAUCUCACCCACGGUUUGGACAGCAACAGCAGCAGCAAGGUGGUCAUCCAUUCAGCAGCCUUUCUGGCCCUAGACCUUUUCCAAAUGCGAUAAACAAUAUGUCUAACAUGAAUAAUAGCCUUAAUAAUAUGAACAACCUCAACAGCCUCCAGUCAGGACCUUACCCUAGCCCAGAUGGCCACUUCACUAGCCCUAGCACUCCAGGAAUUGGUGGUGAUGAUUCUAAAGCUUUCCACCCCCAUCAGCAGCCAUCUGCCCCUCCACCUCCUCCUUCUAACCCACCACAGUCUGGCCCUGGCGUCUUUCCGAAUCAUCCCUCUCACCCAAAUCAUCCAGAACCCCCGGCCCCUAAUACCUCUCCUCCAGGCCCUGGCUCAGGGCCUAUCGCAGGGCCUGUAAAUGGGGGGCAGCCACAGCAAGCUGCACCCAAUAACCAACCAAAACAACAGCUGCCACCAGGUUCUUUUCACCCGAAUAACUGUGCUGGUAAUGGGAGUGGUGGUGGUAAUGGAGGGCCAUUACCAGGUGGACCUGGUCAGGUUUCAGCUCCUACUCCCCCACCACAGAUCAACAGUUCCAAAGCACCUGGAACAGGAGGUACUGGCAGUGGCCUGGUUUUUCCCUGUGGAUUUUGCCUGUCUGAAGUACAUGAUGACCAGGAUGCCAUUCUGUGUGAGGCCUCAUGUCAGAAGUGGUUCCAUCGUGAAUGCACCGGGAUGACUGAAACAGCAUACAGCCUUCUGACAAGGGAAAGCUCAGCUGUGUGGGCCUGCGACUUCUGUCUCAAGAGCAAAGAGAUUCAGUCGGUGUAUGUUCGUGAAGGUUUGGGGCAGCUUGUAGCUGCAAACGAGGGUUGAUCUGGUCAGAUUAUCGUGUUUGGAAGCUUGCCUGACUAGCGCCUCCUUUUGGAUGCUACAGUGAGUUCACAGCUGCUUAGAAUUCUUUACAUAAUAUAAGCACAAAAGAAAAGAUGAACUACUUUUAUAAGUAUCUGUGAAAAGUCAGUUGCAAUUGGACUUUACUGUUCCAUUUAUAAACUCUGAUGAUCCAAGUCAAACAAAGAGCUAGCUUACAAAGAAAACCUCACUUUGAGUUUCAUUCUGAGCUUGCUGCUUAACUGAAGAAGCACUUGGCAGUGAGUGAAUUCCACUGUUUACCAAAGGAAGCAAACACAGCCUCUGUUCCAGAUACGAGCAAAUCAUUUGGAUUCUUGGUUUCCGCCAGGAAGGAUAAAGAGUUUAGUAGCAUGAUGACAUGAUGCUGUAGUGUUGAGUGUUCAGAGUUUGUAGGUGCACAGAUUUACAGCAUCGGGGGAGGGAGUGGGUGGGCAUCAGGAUAGCAAUGCUACCAUUGCAUUUUAUUCUGAAUAAACCUUUGGCUUUUAGAUAAAAUUAUUUGAUUCACAGAAAAAGAUGCUUGAACGGCCGCGGUAUGUAUUGUAUAUAAGAACAGGAUGGUGUAACCAUAAUAACAUAUAUUCUCCUUCCAAAUCGGUUGUCUUCCCUGCACUUGGAAUCUGCAAAACAAAGAAGGAUAUUGAUUUAAACUAAACAUUUACUUCUUGUAACUACAUAGGAUCCCUAAGCAAUUCUCUCGAUUUUUCAUUAGUUUGCUUUCUGGCUCUACUGCCUUUUCAUCCUGUUACUCAUUUUUUUUCAUGUGGGUUUGGUUGCUUCUUAACUCACUAGGCAUUGUUCUGUUCUUGUGUUAGACUCUACAACUGGGUUGAUCCAAAAGUUUCAAAAUCUACGCUAUGACACCUACUUCCCACAAUCCAGUUCACACUGUAUCAGGAGUUCUGGUUUCUCAUGUCACAUUGAUUGUGAGGUCUGAAAUAUAAAAUGUUGGACACAAUUGGCAUUUAAAAUCAGGAUAUAAUUUUAAUAGUUUAAUUUUUUUUUUAAAUGUAUAGAGUUUAACUUGGAUGUAUCAAAUAAAUUACUAUUGUAUGCAUCAUAAAGUCAUAACUGGUGAGGCAAGUCUUUUCUGUGCCUGUCAGACUGAGGAUUGUGCUAAAUGGCAGUGUUUUUUUUUGUUAAUGUUCUUCACCCCAAGGAUGCAAAAGCAUUGAAACAGAAUAUGACUGUGUUCACUAGACAUGGGAGAUGUGAUCCACAGUCCUUCCUGGGUGUUGUAUAACUUUUUAUUUUAGAUGCCAUAUAUAUUUUAAGGCCAGUACUUGUCCAGUCGCACUGUUUUUUUUUUUUUUUUUUUUUUUUUUUUUUGUUUUUUUUUAAGAUUGUGGUUAAAUUAUUUCUAGGAGCUUAACUGUGGUAGCUGAUUCAGUAGCCAGUAGUUCUCUAAAGUAGCUUUGAUAUGCUUGAUUAACUGCCUGCCCGCUGUGUAUUAAACAGUGUUAUCCUAGUCUAAUGUGUCAGGUUGGACAUUUCUUUUCUGGUGGUGCUGUUGGCUUUCAGCACCAUGUUUCAUGGUAGGUAGGCCCUUGAAAAGGUGAAUCGGAUUUUUAACCUUUAUUACCAAAAAAAAAAAAAAAAAACAGUAUUCAGAUAGUGGUGUUUUAAAAAUUGUUGGUUUGCUUGAGUAAUUCCUUCUGAAUGUAUCCAAAAUCUCAAAUUUGAAAACUACUAGGCUGUCCUUGAAGUGUAAAGAAUUCCAACCUGCCUGACUGGUUGUGGUUAGCAAGCAGGCGUGUCUAGCAGUGUUUCCUCACUUGACAAAUUGGUGCAACCGAGGUACAGAUAUGAGUAGAUUAUCCUUCUGCAGCUCUUAGGGUGGGAACAGUGUAGUAGAAAUGGACAGGGAUCAGGUAAAGGUGGCCAUGCAGGUGCAACAAUCUACCACUAGAUAAAGCAUUCUCUACGCAUGUUUAUUUCUCAUUUUAGUGCGAUUUCAUAUUCUUAUUUGUUGGCAACCAGGCAAAACCAGUUGCAGUUGGAAGAUAUUUGUAUAGUGUGCACAUGUCUUAUGAAAAAUAGAUUCAAUAUUGUGAAGGCUUCUGCAGUGCACAAUGGUUCAUGAUGCUCGAGGAAGAAACAAAAAAAAAAAAAAAAGUCUGAUCAAUUAAAAGGUAUUAAUUGUGUUCAUAACAGAUGGUUUGCUUUAAAAAUUUCCUUCAAGAGGAAAAACUCAUCUCCAUACAGAUCCUGUGUGUUCCAGAUGCUGGUGCCACUGUGUAAACUUGUUUACACCCUUCAUUUUGGGCAGUAAUACUCAUUCAUGCACUGUGUUUCCUGACAGUUUUGUUUUUUGUACUGAUGUAUUAAAAUGUUUCUUACAAACUCCUCCAACUAUUGAGGGGUAUGCUGGUGUAUACAUUUACUGUUUCAAGUAAAAGAGGAUUUUUUUACUCUAA